AUGUCUACCAGCCUGACUACUUGUGAGUGGAAGAAAGUCUUCUAUGAGAAGAUGGAGGUGGCAAAGCCCACUGACAGCUGGGAGCUCAUCAUAGACCCCAACCUCAAGCCUAAUGAGCUGGCCCCCGGCUGGAAGCAGUACCUGGAGCAGCAUGCCUCAGGCAGGUUCCACUGCUCCUGGUGCUGGCACACCUGGCAGUCGCCGCACGUGGUCAUUCUCUUCCACAUGCACCUGGACCAGGCCCGGCGCACGGGCUCCGUGCGCAUGCGCGUCUUCAAGCAGCUGUGCUCCGAGUGCGGCUGGGCGCGACAGGACGAGUCCAGCAUGCUGGAGGAGAACAUCGAGGGCCUGGUGGACAACCUGGUCACCAGCCUGCGCGAGCAGUGCUACGGCGAGGACGGCGGCCAGUACCGCAUCCACGUGGCCGGCCGCCCGGACAGCGGGCCGCACCGCGGCGAGCUCUGCGAGGCCUGCCAGGAGGGCAUCGUGCACUGGAAGCCCAGCCAGAAGCUGCUGCAGGAGGAGGCCGCCGACCCCUUCUCUGAUGCCUCGGCGCCCAGGGCCCCGCCCGGCUCGGGCUACAGCUUCUCGCUCCGCUGGUGCCUCUUCUGCGCCGCCCUCUGCGCGCUCAUCGUCUACCUGCAGGGGGCCUUCCGCGGCUCCGCCUUC